CAGCAGCGAGCGACGAGCCGAGCAGUCCGUGCAUGAGUCUCGUCCGGCGCGGUCGCCCGCGCCCCGCGCACCACCAUGCAGCGUCUCGUCGUGCUCUUGCUGCUACCGGCACUCGUGUCAUGUGUGAUCUACGACGAGAUCCCAGAACAUACUUUGUGCAACCUACACGACUGUGAAUGCCUGGACAGCGGACACCCCUCAUGGAAGACUGUCAACUGCAACAUGACCACAACAAAGAAUCUGGCCAUCUUCAGCGGAAAUCUUCCUGUGGAGACCACCGACCUGGUGGUGACCGGCUACGAUGACGUGUCGCUGGAGCACGGCGCGUUCUCGUCGCUGAACGACCUACGACUCGUGCGCAUCGCGCACAGCAAGCUGGUGGUGUUCCGCCGCGGCGCCGCCGUCGACCUGACCGUCGUCAGCGCCUACGUCGAGGUCGAGCACUGCUCGGAGCUGCGCGUCGAGGGGAAAGCAUUCAGCAACUUACGCGGUAUUUACGUAAACUUAACGGAUGAUUUUCCACGUCCGCUAUCGGUUACUAUAAGACAUUGCGAUCGCGUGUCAAUCGAGGGCGAUGCGUUUUCGUGGCUGUUGAAGUUGCGCAUCACCGACGUCGGGACCCUGGUGCUGAGCCCGGGCGCCUUCACGCUGGAGCCCACGGCCGGCAACGUGGGCGAGCACGGCCCCGGCAUGUCGAUUGAACUGAGACGGUUAACAGCACCCGAGAUCCCUUCGCAAGCAUUUGGUUCGUCAGCUGCUGAGAUAAUACUGGAAUCCAUGGUGGUGACCACCAUUCGGUCGGGCGCCUUCUCCGCCAACACGUACAAUGUUAUCAGCGCCACCAAAUGCAUCGUCAGUUUCAUAGAAGGCGAAUCAUUCGCACAGAAGUCACUAAUUAACAACCUGCUCUUCUUCGAUUGUAGAAUACAGCAUAUGUAUCAAAGAGCAAUACAAUCUGCUAUUACUUAUCUAAAUAUCAACCACACUAGAUUCAACUUCAUCGAUACGGGCGCUAUCAACUCGACAGUAGCAACGGUGAAAAUAGCAAAUAGCGAGUUUCAUAAGUUUUUAACAAGAGGAAUCGAAUUGUCAUCAUGGAGCAAUCUUUUUAUGGAGAAACUCAAAUUCGACGCUCUACCGGAAUAUGCCAUGAUUGCACAUCCAACUAUGGUUGAAGAAUUUGUCUUCGCAGACAAUGAAGUAGAAGAAGUCUCUAAAAACAGUUUGGAGUUCGUAGGGAAAAUUAUCGAUAACAGAUUUGGUUACCAAGUUGUUUACAGAAACAAUUACUUUGGAUCACCGUGCAGUUGCAACAUUAGCCUGAAGAUAGGCGAGGCUUUGGGGGCUACGCCUGACGGGAUAUAUGCGCUCGAGAGCUACUGCACAGUCAAUGAAUUUUUUGCACGAUGCUUCAAUGCUCCCGAGCAAAACAUAAUUCUUCGUACAUUUAUAGACAAGGUGUGUCAUGAAAAAUCCGCUGUACAGUGUGAACAAUACAAGAAAAAAUCAGAUAUUCCAACGGAAAUAAAAAAUCCACGAUUCCCUCACAAACAUGAAGAAGAUACUUUAUCAGAACGAAACAAGAAAGUGAUAAGUAUUGUCAUAGUAACAGCAUUAGUGUGCGUCGGAACUGUGAUGCUUAUAAGUUUUGGAAGAUGGCUGAAGAAUAGAGGAUGUUGUGCUCGCCUAAGAAAUAUAUUUACGUCACUAAUAUCUACUUGCUGUGCAUUUUUUGCCAGAAUCUGCGGAUGUGGGCGUAAUAGUGGACUUGAUAACGGAAGGUUUGUAUCAGAGCUAUCAGUACAUGAAUAUUCAGAGCGUCGCCGACUCAAUGAGCCACGUAUACCGGAAAAUAUGAUCGUAGAAACUGUUUUGCCUGGAACUGGAACGCCUUGUUUAGAUUUAACCCCCAUGGACGAUAAAACGACACAAACACUUCCCGAAGAAUUAACUAAGGAACUGUUGGAAAAUUUAAAAGAGAAAUUAGAAGAUCCAGAUAACUAUGUUGAGGCCCGAGAAAUGAUCGAGCACUUAUACGAACUUAUCAAAGUCGAAGAGAGCUGCAACUUAAAUACACCGAUCGUGAUGCAAACGGAGGAAAAUAUUUAUGAGUUACCUUUUCAGAACACCACCCCUAGAAUUGGAAAAAACAAAAAGCAAAUGAUCAGCGUUGGAACUAGAGCCCCGUCUUUGGACAAGCUACUGCCGCUGUCGCCAUACAAUAGACAGACUGCGCUAGCACACGAAUACUUUGAGCCCAAAGAUUUUGCUGUUCAUCUGUACGCGGAAAUAGCUAAUUGUGACAAGGAAAAGCGCACGUUACUGGGCAUAAUCCCAGAUAUUGUAGAACAAGUGGUUCCCCGUGGACCAUACCUUCGUGCUGUACGUGAAAAGAAUUCUAGUCCCAGCACAGCUUCGUCUCCCUCGUCUAAGUCAUUUAAUAGCAUUAAAAAGAGCCCGAUGACUGGGCCCAGCGGAAGCCAAAUUACAAGCCCGCUACAAAGCCCCUCUAGUAUGAAGUCUGGUAAAUCUACGGCAUCUAAUUCAUCAGGAAAGAUGAUGAAUCGGCCGCUCCCCGAAAAACCGGUUAGUCCGGAUCCUGGAGAAGGCCCUUCAAUGGUGGGCUAAAGGAGCCCGCGGGUCGAGGGGCACGCGCGGCGGGCUGCGAUGCUGCACCCGUAGCAGCACCCAGCGAGACUUGCGCGAUUUAUUUGCUGUGAUAUUAUUUUGAUUUAUAUUACUUUUAACUAUCUCAAUACCUUGAGUGAUUGUGUCAUGCCAGACACCUUUUAAUAUAAUUUGUAAAUAUUAAAUAUUUAAUUAAUUUUAUUAAUUACUCAAUGGCCUGAGGCCAUUACGUAAAAAUGUGUAAUGCUUCGUAUCUGUGUACUAUGGUGAAUUAAUGUAUGAGAGACAAUGAAAAUAGUAAUCUAAAGUACAUAAUCAUUAAUAUGUAUUGUUACCUUUUCUUUAAUAACAUACAUAUUGUUGAAUAGAAACGUGUGUAUUAGAUCGAUAGAUCUCUUUUCAAAUGUAUGUAUUUCAUCACUUGUUAGAUCACCACACAUCAAAAUGUUUAUUAUGUAAUAUGGAUGGAGUAUUAUUUUCAAAAGUAUUUUUAUAAUUGACUCAAAGAUACUUGUGUGAUGAUAAGACGAGAAAUAUUUUCUAAUGUAAAUUAUUCUUACAAAUUAACUCAUAUGGUUAGUGAAAAUGUAGAGUGAGUUAGUUCUUUAUAAAAUUUUACAUAUUGAUAUUGUGAAAAAUAAGACAAGUAUCAUUCAAAUUAUAUUUUUUAUGCAAAAGACAAAGGUUUUCGCUAACUCAUACAAUAGAUUGUGCGUGAAUGAACUCUGGAUGUGUUAAUUGAAUAUUAUUUUUUUACUGCCAAUUUUGUAUUAUUUAUUUAUUUUAUCAUAUUUUGCUGAUUAACUUAGAAUUAAGGAAUAUACCUUUUAGUGCGUGUUAUUAUCUCCUACGAUAUCAAAUAUAAAUAUUACUAGUAUAAAUGAAGCACUUAUUAAAUUAUGUAUUAUUAUUAAAUGUAAUAUCACUGUACGUGUAGGUAAAUUAACUGAAAACUCGAUGUAUAUUAUGAUCUAAAUGUUGUAUUGUUGUUUACCAUAAACUGCAAGAUAAAUUUGGUAAGAAGCUUUAUGAGUAGCUAUAGUAGUAAGUAGAACGUCCGACACUCUAGUAGCAGAUGAGAUUUGAAAGAAAAACAUUUUUGGUGGUUUUUAGGACGUGUAUUUAAUUGUGUGAUGAGGCGAGACAACAUCAAGCCUGUUUACAUUACAUUUUACAAGAGUUAGCAAUAUACAAAAUAUUGAAUAACUAUUGUAUAAGAUCUAAGACGAAUUGUUGUUGAACCGAACACAAAUUCUUGAUCACCUGGGCGUAAAAUUCAUGUUAGAUCAUCAUAAACGGUUUUAAUAAAUAUUAUCUUAAUCCAAAUAUGUCAUGUAUUAGCUGUUGUUAAAAGAUAUCUAUUCGAUAUCCACAUUAUUAAGUCACAUAAUGUAUGUGUUAGAACUCAAUAUCACUUACUUAUUCGUACAAAUUAAGGCACAUUGUCAGAUUCAUUCAAAUAAAAUUUAAGAUAGAUUUACUUGAUGUUUGAGCAAUAUCCAUGAAAGGGAUUCAAAAUACAAAAAAAAUGUGUAAUCUUUGUCAAUAUGCACUUUUACUGUUAAUUUUUUUAUUAGUAUACGAUUUAGUAGGAGGAAUAGUCACGUAGUACUUGGUAUGAAGCUUUAAAUGCCAUAUUUUACAUAUUACGUUACAGUCAACAACUACAAUUAUUCAGAUAAAUGUACUAGUAGCACUUCAAUAUGUAGAAUUUCAUGUUAGAUGUUGUAAACAAAAUUAAAUUAAAUAAAUGUUGAAUGUGAAAGAA